GCUGCGGUCUGAUGGAGGCUCUGAGCCCCAGGCCUGCAGCAACUUGUUAAAAAGAAGGAUCAGGAAGUGCUAGAAGGUGCUAAAGAUGCGGUGGCCUCAAAAGGAGACUUUCCUCCACUUAUUCAGAAGGACCAAAGAGAAUUAAAAAUGAAGUGGCGCUCCUCUCGGUAGGAUUCGCAGCCCCUGGGAGCUGCCCACCCUCCACCUCUGUGAGGCGAACAGACGGGGAGUAUUGCUCCCAUUUUACAAGUGAGGAAAACUGAGAUCCGGAGGAACAGCCAGCAGAGCCACUCAUCUCGGAGGCCUCCUCCUCCCGGAAGCCCUCCCGGCCUCCUGGACCAGGUGCAGGGCCUCCUGGGUUCUCCCACACACCCGUGGCACUGAGGCCCUGGCGGUACAACGGGAUGUGCUGUGGGACUCCCUUCUGUAAACUGGGGUUGACCUACGGUGCUGUGCCCAGGGCCCUGGCACCCCGAGGACUCCCUGCCUCUGGAGAUAGGCCCUCCGGGGCUGCGCUCGCAGGAUAAGCCGGGCUCUUUUCAUCACUUCCUUCCUCCCACUCAAACAGUGGCCACCAUCGGCUGCCUGACAUAGAGCUGCCACCAGGGCCUCAACAGGACAGUUCAGGCCACAGCAGGGGUGCCUCAACCACAGGUCUCACAGCCAGCCUGCUCAAUGCCUGCCUGGGGGGCCCUCUUCCUGCUCUGGGCUGCAGCGGAGGCCACCAAGGACUGUCCCACACAGUGCACCUGCCACGCCCUGGAAACCAUGGGGCUGCGGGUGGACUGCGAGGGGCGGGGACUCACAGACCUGCCUGCCCUGCCGGUCCACACCCGCCACCUCCUGCUGGCCAAUAACAGCCUUCGCUCCAUACCCCCGGGUGCCUUCGACCACCUGCCCCAGCUGCGGACCCUCGAUGUGCUGAACAACCCCUGGCACUGUGACUGCAGCCUCACCUACCUGCGCCUCUGGCUGGAGGACCGCGUGCCCGAGGCCCUGCUGCUUGUUCGCUGUGCCACCCCCGACCUCGCCACCAGCCGCCCGCUGGGCCAGCUGACAGGCUACCAGCUGGGCAACUGUGGCUGGCAGCAGCAGGCAUCCUGGACCCCCCCAGGAGUCUGGGGGCUUGUGGCGCUGGUUGUCGUGGCCGUGCUGGGCCUCGCUCUCCUGGCUGGCCUGCUAUGCACCACCAUAGAGCCCCUGGACUGAGCCCAGGC